UCGUGAUGCUAUUAAUACUGGAAAUCUUCCCGCAUCACGAAUUCGCCCGAUGAGGUCAAGGCAGCCUUGGAAGGCGCAGCGAUGCGUCUAAUGCAAAGGUAUUCAAAUCUCGUUUAGCUUAGGCGAUCUUUUGCUGCCCUACAAGAUACAGCUAGAAAACCCCUUCAUACAGCUCUUAAGAUAGGACCUAUGGCUAUCCCUAUGGCGAUCCGAAAGAGCAACUUAACGUGUACUCUGGUGGUAGUCGCGCUUCUACUUGGACUCGCGUUUAUAGCCUUUGAGAAAGCUACCAUUGCUGGCGGUUUCUCGCAGUGGUCAGGAUGGAGUCAGUGCAGCGAAAGCUGCGGCCAGGGCUUGCGCGGACGUGCUAGAGUAUGUAAUAACCCGGCACCGGGUAGACUAGGCGAGCACUGCGCGGGUAAAGACCAUGAGAUCGAGCAAUGCGGGGAGAGGCAUUGCCCGAUGAAUGGCGGGUACACCGAGUGGAGCGAGUAUAGCAAGUGUGACAAGUCAUGUGGCGGAGGAGUAAGGACGAGAUCGAGAUACUGUAUCAACCCGACGCCUCGCCACGGAGGGAAAGACUGCGAGCACGGGUUCUCGCACGUAGAGAACAUGAGUUGCAACCGAAUUCGUUGCCCAAGCCCCGAGACGUCGGCCACGGUGCUAGCUGAUAGUGGUGGUGGCUAUGGCAAAUGGACUAAUUACGGGGUGUGUAUUGCUAAUAGCGGGAACUGUGGAGAAGGUAAAAGGACACGAACACGGGUGUGUAAUAAUCCAGGGGGCAAGGGGUGUGAGGGCCCGGAUUCGGAGAGUAUGAAAUGUCAAAUACGGUGCCCUUAAAAGCCGCCGACAAGCCUCCUACAAGCAAACCAUAAACCGAAGCACCGCCACCUCAAAAACAAGCACCGCCACCUCAAACUCAAGCACCGCCACCUAGAACAAAAACACUACCUUAAUGAAACAGAUGGCCACUCGAGGAGAGGCGAGCUCAUGGCUACAUAUCGAAUGUUAAAUCAGAAACUGGAUUCCCAGAAACAGGAAAUUCAGAGGUUUAUAGCUAAGCUAUAAAGACAUUAUACUGUCUACCCAAUCAAAUUGACUGACCGGGGGGGGAUUAAGCUAAAUCUAGCGCUAUCAAAUAAUAAAAAUAUCUCUAGUUGCCGUCUGUGGAUUUCGAUCGCUUGCGUACAAAUAGCAAGGGAAGAGGCCGUACAAAUAGUAAGGGAAGAAGCGGUACAAAUAGCAUGGGUACAAGUCGUACAAAUAGUAAGGGAAGAAGCGGUUCAAAUAGCAAUGGUAGAAGUCGUACAAAUAGAAAGGGAAGAAGAAGCCAUGUAGUGUUGGCAAAGUGGAUAUUUAUUUUUGCGACAAUUGUGAUUGAACGUGAUAAAAAAUAAAAUCAUUUUUGAACUAAAAA